AUGCGCCAGCGACACGAGCAGCCGGUGUACGGCAGCGGCAGCCGGCGCUCCUCUUCCCCAGGGGGCGGUUCGGUGCCGGGAGGGCGCACCUUUUCGUCGGCCGGCGGCGGUGGCGGCGGCGGCGGCGGCGGGGCGUCGUCAUCCCUGGCGAACAACCCGGACGACUCGUCCACGAUCUUCGGGUCGAACGUGUCCGGCCACUCGUCCUACUCGGGCUUCUCCGCGAUGUCUUCGAUGCACGCGUUCGGGGGAAGUGAGCUGGGCAACAGCAGCGGCGGCGGCGGCAUGGCGGGGGUCAACGCGGCCGCCGACGGAAGCAGCAGCGGCAACAACAACCCGGCGACGUGGCGGACACCUCCCCUGGGGUCCCAGAAGGGAGACCCUGGCGAUGAGUCCGGAAACCCUCCGGCGCAUGGCUCGACCGGGGGGGCGUUGGGGUGGGGGAGUAUCAUGGGCAGCGGCGGGGCAACGCGGGGUACGGGAGAAGGACCGGAUUGA